GGUGAACCUUUCGCCAUUUAAUGCUUAGAAAUUUGUGAUAGUGGAGCUCAUCAGAUAUCAGCAGCUUUCACCUGUCUUGGUCAUCAUUAGAAAUCAUGUCUUCUCAGCUUGAAACUGCAAUGGACAGCCUCAUCAAGGUUUUCCACACAUAUUCUUCCAAGGAGGGGGACAAGUACAAACUGAGUAAAGCUGAGAUGAAGAGCCUUCUCCAAGGAGAGCUCAGUGAUUUCUUAGCGGCCAGUAAAGAUCCGCUGGUUGUGGAGAAGAUAAUGUCUGAUUUAGAUGAAAAUCGAGAUGGUGAGGUGGACUUCCAGGAGUUUGUAGUUCUGGUUGCAGCACUUACCGUGGCAUGUAAUGAUUUCUUUGUUGAGUGUAUGAAAAAGUGAUGUCUGCUGAGCCUGUAAUCUAAAUCUGAAUUGCUGCUCUAAUAAAAUGUUGUACAAAUGACUCGACUGUCCUUGA